AUGGACUACAGUUUCGACCUCGCCUGGAAUGGUCUCAUCAGCAUCCUCGGUAGGACUCUAACCAUGACACUGCAGCUUAUGACGUUAAACAAUACGCCACACCGCCACAAAUGCUUCGUCAACAAUCCCACCACCGAAUGUGAUACGGGAAGAUUCGUGACUUUGCUUGAAAUUCACAUCUGCCCUGUGACCCAAGGACACUCGUGGCAAUGUGGUGUCGUGGUUAACGUGUCGAGAUUACGCGCUGCAUUGUCAUGGUUCGAGUCCCGCUGA